AUGGCAGCCGAACUCACCUCAGUACAGCUGAAUCCGGAAAGUCACUACAUUCUGGAACAACCGCUUCUCCGAGUACCCCAUGAACUUGCCAGAAAAAAUUUCAAAACCGUACAACGAGUAGUUGAACGAGAGAAAGAAUAUGUGAUUCCCGCUCUUCUGGACGCAGCCAAUGGCUCCAUAUCUCUCAAUCAAACUCCCGACCAGACACUAGCCGCUCUUGAUGCCAUGAUAUCCCGCAUGCAAGGAUUAAAAAGGAAAAUGGAAGGAUUGCAAGAGGAGGAACGCAGAAUCCAAGAUCAAUCUCGAAAACGCAUUCAGCAUCUUCAAGCACUAGAUCAGAUUCCGAGCUUGGCCGAUGUUAAAUAUGAUCAGUGGUCCCGGGUACGAUUGGACCGGUUACUUGUUGAUCAUAUGUUGCGAUCAGGUCAUGCGGAGAGUGCUAAACAGCUUGCACAAGAGCGAGAGAUUGAAGAUCUGGUUGAUAUUGGGGUGUUUACACAAUGCCAACGCAUAGUUCACAGUCUAAGUCAAGGUGACACCAAGGAUGCAUUGCAGUGGUGUGGAGAAAAUAAGGCGGCAUUGAAGAAGAGUCAGCACAACCUGGAGUUCGAGGUGCGGUUACAACAAUACAUCGAGAUGGUGCGGUCACCGGAUCAGUCAAAGAAGCUUGAGGCUAUCUUGCAUGCACGAAAAUAUCUUAUCCCAUACAGAGAUGCUCAGGGGAGAGAAGUGAUGAAAGCAGCAGGACUGCUGGUCUAUAACCAGAAGACCCGGUCAGAGCCAUACAAGAACCUGUUCUCUCCAGAAAGAUGGACCUAUCUAUCUAGUCUCUUUGUCAAGACCCAUCAUGAGCUUCUAUCUCUGCCUUCUCAACCACUCCUACACAUUGCCUUAUCUGGCGGACUAUCCGCGCUAAAGACACCACUGUGUCACUCUGCGUAUACGUCACCCAGCUCGAACUCACAGUCAACAAAGACAUCAGUAUGUCCGAUCUGCUCGACAGAGCUGAAUGAACUGGCGCGCAAGAUGCCAUAUGCGCACCACUCCAAGAGUUACGUAGAGCCGGAUGCGAUUGUCCUACCGAAUGGGCGAGUGUAUGGCAAGGCUCGACUCUUGGAGAUCAGUAAGAAUCUCGGAGCAGUUGAUGAAGGCAAGGUCAAAGAUCCGACAACAGGUCAAGUCUAUGAUGAAAGUGAGAUGAAGAAAGUCUACAUAAUGUAA